GAAUUAAUACCUGUGCAGCUAACGAUGAUGGGUGGACUGUCGAUGGAAGACAUUGUUUGCCGUACAAGGCCUAAUCAAGUGCAAAAUCUCCCCUCCAUGGAUGAGAAAAACUUCAUUUAUGGAUCCCUCCAUCAGCCUGAACGCAAUGGACAGGGAGAUCCCACUGAACCACCACAGGAGAAGCUUGCUGAGGCCAACGACGAAGAGAACGAUGAAGAUAUUGACAUAGAAGAGCUUGAACACCGGGUGUGGAAGGACAGGAUGCGGCUGAAGCGCUUGAAGGAACAGCAGCAGCACAAGCACAAGGAGCUGCAAGGUGAAGCAUCGAAGCAGCGGCAGUCCCAAGAGCAAGCCCGCCGGAAGAAGAUGUGUCGCGCCCAGGACGGCAUCCUCAAGAACAUGCUGAAGUUGAUGGAGGUGUGCAACGCUCAGGGCUUCGUCUAUGGCAUACUUCUGGAGAAUGGCAAGCCUGUGAGUGGUGCAUCUGAUAACCUCAGAGCUUGGUGGAAAGAGAAGGUCAGGUUCGAUUGGAAUGGUCCUGCGGCCAUUGCCAAGUAUCAGGCCGACACUGCCAUCUCUAGAUCUAGCAGUGAACUCUACUCCGAGACUGCAAGCCUUCGUUCAUUGCAGGAGCUUCAGGAUACAACACUGGGUUCUCUUCUGUCGGCUCUGAUGCAGCAUUGUAACCCACCUCAGCGAAGGUUUCCUCUGGAGAAGGGCAUCGCACCGCCAUGGUGGCCUACUGGCAACGAGGAGUGGUGGCAGCAACCGGGAAUCCCCAAUGAUCAAGGCCCUCCUCCCUACAAGAAGCCCCAUGAUCUGAAGAAAGCUUGGAAGGUCUGCGUCUUGACGUCUGUAAUCAAGCACAUUUCGCCUAACAUGGACAAGAUUCACCGGCUUGUCAGGCAGUCCAAGUGCCUCCAAGACAAGAUGACCGCGAAAGAGAGCGCGACAUGGCUUGCUGUCAUCAAGCAAGAGGAGGACAUGUACAGGAAGCUGCACCCCGAUGCAUGCAUUCCGCCAUCUUCCUGUAGUGGCAUUACUGGAGUCAUCUCCUUUAGCAGCAGCUGCAGUGAGUAUGAUGUGGAAGGUGUAGAUGAAGGCAAGAGUGUGGUUACAGUGAAUCACAAGUUUCAUGCUGAAGGGAAUCCUCUAGAUCCAGCAGCAGCAGCAGCUGUGAAGGAAGAGAACAACAUGGAAAUCAUUCGGAAAAGAAGUGUUGCUGAGGCAGAGCCAGUGCUGAACCAAUGCAUCUAUACCUGUGCUAAUGUGCAAUGCCCACACAACGAUCUCCGGCAUGGAUUUCUUGACAGGAAUGCCAGAAACAGUCACCAAUACCAUUGCCAGUAUCAGAACACUCUUCCUCAAGGUAUUGGAGCGGCCUUCAACACCCAGCCAAAUCUGACCUCCCUUAUAUCAGGCCUCGAUCCUAUUGACAUAUCUGAUUUGGGUAUUCCUCCUGAUGCCCAAAAAUCGAUCAAUGACUUGAUGAGUUACUAUGAUCACAAUCUCAAUGACACCAAAAGCUUCAGCUCGGGAGGCAUACCUCCUCUUCAACAACAGCAGCAACAAUUCUCUCUGCAUGAGGAUGCGAUGCCAUUUGAGCAGCAACUCGGCAACCAGUCCAAUGGAAUGGGUGGUGAGUUCGGCUUCGCGUCUGCUUUCAUUGCACCCACCAUGGACCAUGCUGGUGCUUUGCACGGGAAGAUGGAAGAUCCAUUGCACAAGGCUGAAGCAUCUCACUGGUUUUACUGAGCAGAGACACCUUUUUUGCCUUCCUCGGAUGGAUGCGCUCCCCAUGAAGUCUCAUCAGAUGAGCGGCUUGGGGUGGAAGUACAGGUUGUAGUCGUUCGUGUUUGACGCAGGGAUUAACAAUGGACCGGUUGAUUCCAUCGAAUAUAAAUGAA